CCACGGAUCUUACGGUAGAUAAACCUGCAGUUGCUCCUCUUAUAGGAUCAGUGUGGUAACAUCCAGCCGCAGUGUUUAUUCCUGAGUCUCCUCAUGUCUCCUCCUCGUGUCUCCUCCUGUCUCCUCCUCCUGUCUCCUCCUCUGACUCAGGUUCGUCGCUCACUUUUCAUUUAAACCAGAAAUCAUCUCAUUUCUCGUGAGAACAAACGCGCAGUUUCUCUUCUGGUGGAAAUUAACGCUGCGUAAAAGUGACCUGGCGGAUCUGACUUUGCUGCAGAGACCAGCGGAGUGUGCGUGUGUGUGUGUGCGUGUGUGUGUGUGCGCGUGCGUGUCCUCGGGCUCGUUGUGCCGCUGUGUGUCUGUUUGAUUCCUCGGUGUGUUGCCGGUUCGAUUCCCCCUGAUGUGUUGUGGUUUGAACCGCAUCGUGUGACCGUCCGCGCGCCGCCUCCUCUGCGUAAAGCUGAACCGGCGCAGUCUCCAUCCGGGGCCGGUUCGGGACACUCGUCACAUUCCGAACGUGCCGGAGCUGAAUCUGCAGAACUCUGGGUUCAUGCCGGAUUUCGAGCACUUCAGAUUCUCCUACUCGAGCAUGAAUCCGGUCCUGGGGGAGAGCGGCUUCCUGGCCCCGCAGCAGCAGCAUCAGAUGGCGGGCCAGCCGGACUUCGCCAUCCCGGAGCCCGGUUACUUCCUCGGGGACCACGCCGGGUUUGGGCCCGACGGGUUCUCCGGGCUGGACCUGGGCGCGCUGCCCCCCUCGGGCCUGGCCUACCUGCACCUGAGCAGCCCCCUGCACCGCGGGCCCCCGGGGGCCACCGCGCUGCGCAACGACCUGGGCUCGAACAUCAGCGUGCUGAAGACCCUGAACCUGCGCUUCCGCUGCUUCCUGGCCAAGGUGCACGAGCUGGAGCGCAGGAACAAGGUUCUGGAGAAGCAGCUGCAACAGGCGCUGGGGGACAGCGGGCCGGGGGACGGGCCCCAGAGGCCCCCCACCAGGGACAUGGGGGUCCAGACUGGAUUCAUCGGGCCCAUCCCCGGCAGACCGGGCUUCAUCCCGCUCCCCAACGCCAACAACCCGGCCUACCUGCCCGGCGGCCUGCUGUCCCCCACCCUGAACCCCCCCUCCUCCUCCUAUGACAACAGACACCUGCUGCUGGGCAACCACCUCCACCCCCUCACGGAUUCAAACUCCAACCUCACCAGCCCGGCCCUGAGUCCCAGCGACCCGUUCAGACCCUUCACCAACAUCAACGAGAGGUACUCAGCGGACGCCGGGACGAACACCCACUGCCCCCCCCCUCCUCCGCCCCGGUUCCUGCCCGGGUCGAUGUGGUCCUUCAACCACACCCGCAGGUUCGGCUCCGGCCGGGAGUCGUGCGUCACGGGGCCCGGGGUCUCCUGGACGCACCCGGACGGCAUCGGGGUCCAGAUCGACACCAUCACGCCGGAGAUCCGGGCCUUGUACAACGUGCUGGGGAAGGUGAAGCGGGAGAGAGACGAGUACAAGAGAAGAUGGGAGGAGGAGUACACCGCCCGGAUGGACCUGCAGGAGAAGGUGGUGGAACUGGAGGAGGAGCUGCAGGAGAGUGAGGUGUGUCAGGAUGAGUUGUCUCUCCGGGUGAAGCAGCUGACGGCCGAACUCGUUCUCUUCAAGGGCCUCGUCAGUAACAAUUUGUCCGACCUGGACAGUAAGAUCCAGGAGAAGGCCAUGAAGGUGGACAUGGACAUCUGCCGCCGCAUCGACAUCACCGCCCGCCUCUGUGACGUGGCCCAGCAGAGGAACUGCGAGGACAUGAUUCAGAUCUUCCAGGUGGCCACGCCCCCCUCCACUCUGAACCGCCGGGCCAGGAAGCCGAGCGGCCCGUCGGCGAGGGGCGGGGACGGAGACGAGCUGAGCGUGUCCGAGGGCGAGGGAGGCGGGGCUAGAGACGAAGAGUCGUGCAGCACGUCGGCCAAUCAGAUCAACGAGCAGAUGCAGAAGAUGCUGAAUCAGCUAAGAGAGUGUGAGUUCGAGGACGACUGUGACAGUCUCGCCUGGGAGGAAAACGAAGACACUCUUUUGCUGUGGGAAGAUUUUUCCGGAUACACACUGGGAGUUGAAACACAGGGCGAGCCUCAGCAGGACGAGUCCAUCGAGAAAGUGAUCAAUGACACCGAGUGCCUGUUCAAAUCCAGAGAGAAGGAAUAUCAGGACACCAUCGACCAGAUCGAGCUGGAUCUGUCCACAGCGAAGAGCGACAUGAACCGUCACCUGCACGAGUACAUGGAGAUGUGUUCGAUGAAGAGAGGCCUGGACGUCCAGAUGGAGACGUGCAGGAGGCUGAUCACACAGAGCGGAGACAGGAAGUCCACCUCGUUCGUCCCCCUGACAGUGGACGACACGGAGGAGAAGGAGAAGAAGAAGCCGGCCAACCCGGAGAGCGGCGACUCUUACCGCGAUGUCACCCUCCCUCCUCUGACCUGGAGGAAACCCUGACCGCAGGUUCUCUGUCAUCACGUCUCACCGAUGAUCUUCUCUGUCCCUCGAGCUGCUUGUGGAAAACUUUGACUCCACGUCCAGGUGUGUUUCUAUCGCUGAGUGGAAAUCAGCGGACGUGAUCUUUAAUCUUCUCUGAAAGCAUCUUCAGCAGAAGAUUUGGAACAAAAUGGUGGAUUUGUGUCUGAGGCGUCAGGAAACUUCCACCGACGUUUAUUUAAAAAAAAGAAACAAUCACUGAGUUUCUGUUUUCCUGCACGACGACAUCAUCAGGACGAAUUUUCUUUUAGCUUCCACCUCUGACUAGAAAAUAAUAUGGCCGACAGGACAGCUCCCAAAAGUGAAGCCAAAGCUUCUUGAUCGCCCCCUGGUGGCUGACUACAGUCGUUAACUCUUCUCCUCCGUGUUAGCAGACAUGGACCAAACAAAGAAAUCAAAGUAGACGUUAAAGAA